AUGGACGGCCGACUCCUCCGCCUCGAACGACCGGGCUCGAACAAUGGCUACUCGACCGCAUCGUGGAGGAUCGCGAACCACCCCGGCCUGCGCAUAUCCGAUGCCCAGAUCCCAGCCAGCCCUCCCUGCAUCCUCCUCCAGCCAAGUCGCGACGUCGAUCACCUGAUCGACUACCUCACGAGGGUACUGAACGAGAGCUUCGGGCCAGACAAUGGCUGGACGUUAUGGGCACGGCAAUGGGAGGAGUCCAUCGGCAGGUGGAUGGAAGCAGAUGAGCUUUGGAUCUUCAUCCAUAAAGGGAUGAUGACCUUUGACACAGGCGUUUCAGAGACGGUGAAAGAGAUCUCUGAGAUGGAGUAA